AUGACUCAUCUAACCCCAUUUUCCAUACACAAAACAGCUGCGUAUGAAAAUUCAUUUAUCUGCACCAUGCAGGCUCCAGCGAUGCUUCAAACAGCUCGAAUUCAGAAACAUUGCUCGCGCUCCUGUGGAUCAAUCUCAGUCUUGGUCCGAGGAUAUUCUCUGGAGCAUUCGCCCAUUACAGCCCAUUCUUACAUUAAUGAUGACUUUCUCUCCACGAUAAGCAAACAGGAAAUCGCUAAACACCUCAAGAACUUGGGUCCAUUUCCCACGUACUCAAACAUUUUGAAUCAGCAACAUUUUUACCAGAAUGAGGUGUUGAUGGAGUAUCUGAAGCGGGAUCCACAUCCUGUUUCGCUUCGUCAAUUGGCAGGUUAUGGAAACAAACUCACCAAACAGAAGAUCUUGAACAGUGCCAACUUCGUCAGAAUAGAAUUGCCCAUCAGAUUAGCUAUUCGUAUAAGAGACUUGCAAACAUUGCCGUUUGGGGUGGUCAAUAAUUUCCAUUUGGCUCAAAUCUACGAAUCGUACUAUCAUCUGUUCAAUGCCUUCAGAAAGAUACCCCAGAUUAAUACCUUGGACCAGAAUGACAAGUUUUGUGAAACGUUACUGUCUUUGUUGGACGAUCAUGUAUUCAACUUAUCUCAUCUUAUGAUGGGAGCGUUGGAAGUGUCCAUCUUGAACAACUUGGGCCGUGAGGAGUUGGACAAUUUCAUGAGUUCGAUGUUGAGAUCCAGAAUUAGUAGAAGGGUCAUUGUCGAAGAACACUUAUCCCUUUCAGAGAAUUACCGUUCGAAUCCAUAUGCUGUGAAACCUCCUCAUUAUCUUGGUGAGAUCUUUCACGACUGUAAGGCAAUUGACCAUUUCAAAAUAGUGGCAGAUAUGAUCAAGAAGUCGAUGGUAUCCAUUUUUCCCAACAUCGACAACAUGCCUGAUUUAGAAAUUGAAGGAGAUUUGUCCACCAGCUUUCCAUUUAUGGUUCCUCAUUUGCAUUAUUUACUUUCUGAAAUAUUGAGAAACUCUUAUGAGGCUACGAUAAAGACACAUGCUAAAAUGACAUCGAAAAAGUUGCCUUCAAUCAGAAUUACAAUCAUCAACUUGAAGAAAGAAGUCAUAUUCAGGAUUUCUGACCAGGGUGGAGGUAUCAGCCACGAUCAGUUAAAGAGUGUCUGGUCAUUCUGCAAAGCUCCUGACUUGGCCAGAAACAGUCUUGCCAACUUCCAUCGGAUUCCUGGCUUGCAAUUGUACUCAAACUUAAAGGUGACUCCUGCCGGGUCGUCGAUAGUCUCAAACGCAAAUUCGCAGAAACUCUUGUCUUCAACAUCCUUGGAUGAUGUUGAUGCCUCUACAAAGAAGAAGAAGUCCACUUUGGAUAGGUUGAUCGACCGGCCCUAUGAGAAUAAGCUCGGGUUGGGCUUGCCUAUGUGUAAAGUAUAUGCUGAUUACUGGAAUGGAGAAUUGACCAUGAACUCGUUGGAAGGAUAUGGUAGUGAUACCAGCUUGACGUUGAAGAAGUUGGGGUACCAUUCCAAUGUGAUGCAAUUGGACAGAGCAUGA